AUGCGGGAAAGAACGGGUUUCAAUCCGCCUGGAAACCCAGAGCACAUAAGGCCGUUCCAGGAUCGCCAGCAGAAGUGGUCUCAAAACCGCGAACAGAAACCGGGUCUGCACAAGGGCUCGAGCAAUCCCGGAGAGGAGCCCACCCCCUCUGCUUCACAACCCGAGAAGAAGAAGGACGUGGAGGAUUGGAGGAUCCAAAAGGAAAUGCUGAAGGCCAAGUUUCCUGAUGGUUGGAAGCCGAUCAAACGUCUCUCGCCGGAUGCACUCGCCGGCAUCCGUGCCCUCAAUGCCCAAUUCCCAGAUAUUUACACUACGUCGAACCUUGCGGCGAAGUUCGAGGUGUCGCCGGAAAACAUCAGACGUAUCCUGAAGAGCCACUGGCAGCCGUCGGCCGAGGAAGAGCAGUCCAGACAGGAACGGUGGCACCGCCGAGGUAUGCAAAUCUGGGAGAAGAAGGCGGCUCUGGGUGUGAAGCCGCCCAGAAAGUGGCGUGCUGAGGGUAUUACGAGAGAUCCCAGGUACCAUGACCGGAGAAGAGCGCGCAUCCAGCGGGAUAAGCUUUGGGAGGAGGAGGAGACCAACAAGUACAGAGCAUACAGGGAGGGUCUUCAGAAGGCCGCUGGCAAGGUCGUGUAA